ACGUCGGCAGAAGCUGUUGUAGAGCAGAGGACCAGAGCAGUGGCUCCGCAGAAAGUGCGGAGAAGAAGUUAAAAACCUGCGGGUCUGACGCGUGAAAACCCCGCAGCAGCUGCUGCGUUCACUUCCACACAGAAAAGUCUGUGAACACAAGAACUGACGCCAGGGGCUGCUGCUGGAGGCUCAGGUUUCUCUCAGGUGUGUUGGAGGGACAAACAUCAUGGUGAAGAAUGUGAACAGUGUGAACGUGGAGCCCCAGCCUGGGACCACCCUGUCCCCGGAUGAAGCUGAAGCAGCUAACCAGUCUCCAGACGACUCCGGUAAGGAUCACGCCGCGGCGCCUCCCGGCGUGGUGUGGCGCGUCACCGGCGGCCUCUUAAACGUCACCAAGGGGGUCGUCGGCGCCGCGGUGGGCGGAGUCGCCUGGGUCGGGGGGAAGAGCCUGGAAAUCACCAAGUCGGCUGUGACCACGGUGCCCUCCAUGGGGGUGGGGCUGGUGAAGGGCGGAGUCUCCGCCGUGGCCGGGGGCGUGUCCAGCGUGGGCUCGACGGUGGCCAACAAGGUUCCGUUCACAGCCAAGAGGAAGGACAAGGCGGAGUGAGGAUGAGGAGGAUUGACCCCGCCCUGAGCCAGUCGGACCUUUCUCGAACGUCCCGUCAGAACGACGACACGUAGACUGAUGCAAAAACUCCUCAACCUUCAGUAGUACCACGUCUCCAUGGCAACCUUCAUCUCACCUGGAGUAAGCGAGGCUCCAGGUGAGAGAUGAGGUGGAGUUCACGAUGAACCGGUCUGAGGUUCUGUCCACUUCCUGCUCCUCUCUCUCUGUUCUGCCGACGUUUGCUGGAACUUUUUUUGUUUGUUUUAUUGGUUCUGUUUGUUUAGCGGUGGUGUCAGAAGUAUUAAUGAACCUGUUUGACCUCUGUCUGCUGCGAGGAGCCCGAGGCGCCGUCACCCCCACACACCUCCAUCAGCCUGACUCUGGGCUCAGAACUUUCCUGCAUAUCUUUCUCCUGAAAUCUGUUUUCUGUCUUUAUGAAAUGCUCAAAUGCUGCAAAAGACCAGAAAUAUUCAGCAGCGUUUGAUCUCUGGAGGAAACGAGCCUGGUGUCGUUAGAAGAUGCUCAGAAAAGCUGAAAUGUUCCUUUAAUUCUCCAUUUCAAUAAAGUAGAUCAGAAGGUAAAA